CUGCAAUCCGCUUUUUCUCGUUUCCACUCUUGUAUAUGUAUUUUUGCUAAUUCCCUUCUUUCGCAACGACUCUCUCGCACUAGUUACGUCUCUUUACGUAUUGGGUAAACCGGUGUAGCACACAAAACUACCACUAUGCGCAAGUCGCCUGGCUACAAACCAUUACCGAGCUCAACGCGCACGCGCAAGGCGUCAGGCAGCCACCGCCCAGCGCUCAAACAGGCGGGCUACAAACACACACCAUCUGCCGCAGCCCCUGCCAGCACCACACCUCCGCAAGGCGCGACCCUGCAAUCAUGGCUCCGCACACAAUACCAGCAGAGCAGCAACAGCAACAGCAGCAACGGCAGCAGUCGGCAAGCAGAGCAGCGCCCGUCCGCGGUGCCCACAGUGUUCCCGCAAAUGCAGUACGCGCAGCAGAGCAGCACACGGCCACAGGGCGUGCAGAUGGCCGUGGCGGAUUUCGUCGACCCGUAUAAGCGCCAUGGCGAAGCCCACACACUAGAGGUAGAUGCGCGGCCACAGAAUACCAGGGAGGUGCACCAGGCCAGGCAAAUGUCGCCGUCGCCUCACACGCCCCCGUCGCCGGUUAUGCGGGCAACAAGGUUUUCUCGACCUACCACGCCCACAAAUCCACCCCAUGCGCACUCUACCAGGCCCAUGCACGUUUUGUCGCAGGGAAACACCGAGACUUUGGCCGGCAGUCAGCCGUUCGCCUUCCAGCAGCCCAAGCAGCCAAUGUUUCUUUCGCCACAGGCUAUCCGCCCCGUGCGCACGCCAGAUACGCAGCACAAAGGCGAUGCAUACGCGCUGCCGUCCGUUGCCGCUCCACAGUUUGCUGAUGUCGGGAAUGCUGGACGCCUGAAGCCAAGGUCGUAUACAGCGAGCAAUCUUGACACGGGAAGCGCGAUACUGACACCAUCGGCCAUUCCGCGCGCAGUCCACGCGCCACGAGUCGAAAAGACCCCUUCGCCAAUACACUACGCGCAGCCCAUGCACCAGGCGGUGCCCCGGAAGCCGCGCGUCAGCAGCAUGUUUGUUGGUGGCGACCUGAUAGCCCAGCUGGAGCGCGAGGUAGAGCGUGCUUCGCCGGUGUCGCCCAAUAUGCCAAAGGACAUCCCCAGGCAUUCUUCGCGGGACAAUAGCGACUUUGUCGAAAUGAAGCCCGCAUGGGUACAGAGCAGUGCGGCGAACCAGCACCGGCACACGUAUUAUGUAGAGUCCCCGCGCACAAUGUCUCCUGUGCACCAAAACCAGCCGUCGCCUCGGCCCAUUUCGCAGAAGGCGCAACUGACCAGCAAGCCGCGCGCCGUAGCAGUCACUGGCGACACAAAUAGCGAGCGUGGGUCACCUGCCUCUCACCCCAGCAACCCUGGACAUUCGGGACGCCAGGCUGUAGUCAUGGCGGCAGUAAAGAGGCCAAUGCGGAGUGAUGAGAGCCCACAGGCCAUGCAGCCUGGACCGCUGAAGCCUGGCGGGGAUCGGAAUGUGGGGCGGUCCGAGCUUAUUGAGUUCAUUGAACGGCGCAGAGCCAAGACAGUGGCUGUCGAUGCACCAUCACUGCCGCUGGCGCCGGCGCCGAUCAACACGGCGGUGUAUUCGAAGCAGACUAAGGUUGUGACGCCAGUGAAGGCCGAGCAGAAGCAGCACCCUGCAGUUCCUGUAACAUCAGAUACCGAGACAGACUCGGCAUACUCCAGCUCGACUGCCAACUCAACGGCGCUGUGCGCAGCCAUCUCAGCCACUGCAGCGGCCAGCACCGAGUUCACGGGCAAGAGGGUUGACAAGUCUGGCUCGAUCUCAUCGUUCAAGUCGGACUCCUCCGAUCGCAAAUACGCCCGGUCGACAGCACGGCUCGCGGACGUCGACCCAAAGGCCGUGAAGACAAAGAGCUCGGACUCGUCGGUCAAGAGCAACAAGUACUUGUCGUGGUACGGGGCCAGCGUGCCAUCGCUCAGGUCAUCGACGGACACCAUCGACGGCAUGGCAACAUCGCCGAGAGUGACGCCUGCGGCCGAUGCAUUCCUGGCACCGGUGGCCAGCAAGAUGCAUCUGCCGCCAUCGCUGCCGCAGUCGACACGCAUCCAGCAGCGCCAGCGCGCGCAGACAGAAGUGAUGGACGACAAGCCGGCGAGGAGGCUCGAGUAUGUGUCAACACGCAGCCCGGCGCGCAAGCAGCUUGAGGCAGUCAGCACUGCCGCUAAUGCGUAUGCGCGGCAGAAGCGACCCGAGCCAGCAGCGACACCACCAGCGUCAUUGCCGGCUCUGGCCAAGGACGCGUCGUACAACCCGUAUGCGCGCAAGCCGCAAUCCCUAGCAGUAGCUGUGCAGACUGACGAGGACAUGCCGCCACCCAAGCCCCCGGUGGCCAGCCGCGACACGCAAACAGACGUGACCUCCGCCGACGCAAUCCACAACGACGAGGCUGUGCUCGAUCUGCUGAAGCGCAUGGACAUGAUGCGGCAGACCCACUCCAACCAGAUCAGCGAGUACCAGGAGCAGCUCGUGGAUCUGGAGCUGAUCAACCAGGAGCUCAGCAACGAAGUCGAGCACCUGGGUGCCCGCAUCGUGGCCCAGGAGGCAUCGCACCGCCAGAUCACUGUCGAGAUGCGUGAGAAGCUAGACCAAGAGCGUGCCCGCGUCGACCGCGAAAUCUCAGACGUCAAGCAAAUGCACGCAGCAAAAUGCAAUGAGCUCGGCAGCCAAGUGUCGAUGCUGUUGCGGCGUGCGGAGCGCUAUCGCGAGCGCCUGGUGGCAGAGGGUAUCAGCGAGAAGGAGCUGCUGGAGCUGGCCAGCGACCACAGCGCCGAGGGCCGUGACAAGCUCGAGGACCUGCAGAUCACGGACCAGGACUUUAUUGAGACGCACUACGUUGAGACGCGCGAGAGCAGGCAGGAGGCGGACUACUUCAAGCAGCUGAUGGACAUUGAGCGCAGCAUGGAGAACACGACGCUGGCCCUGGGAUUCGAGCUCAAGCGCACUCAGGCAAAGUACCUGCAGCAGGCUGCCGACUUUAUCCGCGAGCAGAUGGCAAAGCUUCAGGCAGAGAACCGCGCAGAGUCGCGUCUGCCAGUGGCCAAGCCAGAGCCGCGUGCUAGUCCAGCGUCCGUGUCGCCUCCAGCCCCUGCCAUCAUGCCUUCCCACGAAGAGGACCCAGUCGAGGGAGACAGCGAAGCCAUGGUCGAAGGCGCAGAGGGCACAGUCGCCGAUGACGAUGCUGGCGAGCAUGAGCUGCCAGCUGGCGGGUACGCGUCGCCAGUUCAGAACCUGGUUGCAUCCCUGUCCGAGUUUUCCGAGCAACGGCACUUUGCGGCACCGAAGCCAGAACUGCCGUUGGCACCCAGCCUGCUCAGCACAGCGUCGUCCGAUGGCGACGCUAACGAACAACUGGACAGGCAAAUCGGCGAUGCAUUUGUGGGAUCGCGCCAGCGCUCCUUCACUGCCCUGCCAAGCAUGAUGCUGCCACGGGCUGCUACGCUGUCGUCGGCGUUCACGCGCACACCGACAGCAUCGGGAUUCAGCCCGGCAAGCCGCGGUGUAGCAGGGUCCGAGGGACGCCAGUCAGGCCUGGCACGUCUUGUGGCGUCAGCGUCCGAAAGCCAGACUGCUGAUCCCGAAAUGGCAGUCGGCAGCGCGCGGAUCAUCAGCGGGCCAGUCCGCUCGCCCCGUUCGCCACUGGCAGACAUCGCCGACAAGUUCUUCGAGUCAUCGCCGACCGUCGUGACCCCAACCACUGCGACCUCGACCCGCCAGCGCAUCGACCUGUUUGGCACAUUCGCUGCGCGCUCCAGCGGCUUCAAUACCUGGCAGUCGCCAGGCGGUCGGCACACAGCCGAUGCCAGCAAGCCCGAGACCCCAACCAAGUCCAGUACUGUUCACUGGCCGCCCAGUAGCCCACGCCGCACGGCGUCACGGCCGGGCUCUAUUGUCUUGGACUCGCAGGCGCUAACGACCGAAGAGCUGCUCGAAUCGCUCAAGCUCCCGGCUAUGUCUGCUGGAACCGCGCUGAGUGCGCCCACCAGGAACGGCACCCCUCCACCAUCAAUAGGCCGCAGCGGAUCUCCCUUCACCGCCUCGCUUGGCCGCAGUGCGUCGCCAUUUGCGGGGUCGCUGGGGCGUGGAUCCAUGCCUGUCAACCUGGCCGGCAGUGAGUCUGCCCGCCAGACAUUGCACUCGCGGAUGGCAUCUAUGACGGCCCCCAUCGUCGGUGAGAGCCCAGAGAGCGAUGUAACCCUGGCCGAGAGCAAGUCCGUGGGGGCAUUUGACGCCAGCAUGUUCGGGAAGGGCGGGAUCAGCCUGGGUUUGGAUGCGAAGCCAGCCGCAACCCUUGGCCUGAGCCUCUCGCGCAACCAGCGCCAGCGACGGGGCCAGCGCCGCCGCAGCAAGUCGGUUGGCCACUGGCACCACUAGAACGAACACGACACCUCACUAUAUAUGCCAUCCAUCACUAAUACAUUACCACGCCACUUCUCAGCUACACAUGAUUAUUGCA